AUGGCUCAUCGGCGAUGCUUCUCAGAAUGCCAUUUGAAAACGGUAUUGAAUUUUGUAUCAGCCGUGCUUGUUCCUAUCGUGAUUGCUAUAUUCAGUAUUAUUCUCGCUCUUCAACAAAAAUCAAUAGCUGAAACAAAUCGUGACGUGGAUUUGCGUAUUACUGCUGAUCAGCACCGUCAAAAUGUGGAAUUGGCUCUGGAUGGACAACGCGACGCUAAACUAGUUGCUUACAUGAACGAAAUAUCCCAUCUAUUACUUACCAACAAUUUUUCGUUGAGCAAGCGUAUACUUACAUCCAUUGUUCGUCCAAAAACAUUGGCCGUAUUGCGGCAAAUUGAUGUGACCCGUAAGGGUUAUCUCAUUCAAUUUCUUCGUGAAUCUCGAAUGAUUUCUACCACGAGCCCACCAGUUCUCAGCCUGGCUGGUGCCGAUCUCAAUGACAUUGAUUUGAGUGAACAUGAAAAACCUGUUGACAUGCGUCAAGUGUCCUUUUUUGGUGCCUCUCUUGACGAUGCUUCUUUUACUAGAGUGUCUUUGGGUUAUAUAGUGAUUUUGGCGAUUGUCGCUUGCGCCGAGCUUCUUUCUAUGAUGCCGGGCUCAACAAUGUAA